AUGAAAGCCAUAGCAAGAUUCUAUGUGUGGUGGCCCAAACUUGAUGUCGAUAUUGAAAUGAUUGUUAAAAAUUGUCAAACAUGUCAAAGUGUAAGAAGCACUCCUCCCACAACACCCUUAAUUCCGUGGAAAUGGCCAGCAAGACCAUUUCAAAGAGUGCAUGUCGACUAUUGUGAAAAGGAUGGUAAUAAUUUUCUUGUCUUAAUAGAUAGUCAUAGUAAGUGGUUAGAAGUGGUGCAUAUGAAAAGUACCACAAGUAGUAGAACAAUCGAGGAAUUGAAACUUAUAUAUUCACGAUAUGGUUUGCCUGAAGAAGUGGUAUCUGACAACGGCCCACAAUUUGUUAGUGCAGAAUUUAAAUCCUUUUGUGAUAAAAAUAAGAUAAAACAUACAUGUAGCCCAGUAUACCAUGCUGCCACUAAUGGAGCUGCUAAACGAGCUGUAAGUAGUAAAAGAGGCUUUGACUAA